AUGAAAAACAAGUGUUUAUUAUGUGUUUCGAAACGCAAGGGAUUCAAGAAAUACUCGAAUACUUAUAGAAACAGUCCAUUAAUAGUGAGCCAAUCACUCAAAUCUGAAAGCAGUGCCAAACGAGUGAGCGAUGAGGAGGCAGAAGAGAUUGAGCGGCGGAUCACUGAGAAUGUGGUCCGAUUGGCGGCCACGGAUCAGCUCAACUCAGAGAUCAUUACGAAUAGAAGUCGAGCCUAUCUCUCGUGUGAAUCGGGAGAAAUGAUUGUGAAAAUCAAUUUCAGUGAACCCUUCCGAGGCAUCGGGUACUCGGACUACGACCGGACGAGUCCGUGCAGGUUCUAUGGCGACGGAUCCAACUACUAUCAAAUGAGACUACCUUUGAAGGGAUGCGGCACUAAACAGGAGGCGCCCAGACUUUUCAUCAAUAAUAUAAUACUGCGUUUUCAUCGAACCCUGGAGUUGGAAGAGGACGAAAUCAAGACCAUUGUGUGCCGAUACCCCCCACCACUUGCACCACCCCCUCCUAGUAUAUCAGCACCAAUUUUAGAGCCGACACCACCGCCAGCACUGCCAAUACCGGCCAAACUGUCGGAAGUGGAGCUCCUGUUAAUCAUAAGCGCACUGUUAUUCCUGACACUAUUAUUACUGGGGAUAGGGAUGGCUUACUAUUGUCUGAAGAGGAGGAAUAUCAAAGUGGUUCGCAAAAGGAAAGUCACGCCGUCGGAGAUCACCAAAAUUAGUUCCAUACGUAUACCUCGGGUUGCUGUCAGCACAAGUAGUUCAGACUACCCGUCCUCUUCUGAAGAGAUUAGUGUAAUCAGUGACACGUCGACCAUAAGACGCGAUCACUAUAACUAUGAGAACCAGGCGUUUAUACCCGAGCCCUACCCUCUGGACAUAGAGCGCGAAGACUCAGUGACAUCACUGCCAGUGCCUGUGAUCGCCAAACCAAACAUAACUCAAUUGGAUUUUCUGACAACCAUUCGCGAGACACAACAUUUGACGGACACCGAUAUCUUCAACACCACACACUUGAAGACUACGACACAGUUGUAUAGGAAGGCACCCACACCUACUGCCUCAUCCAUCUAUGGAAGUAUACCCGACAAUGACAUGUGGUCUCACAGCGAGUUGGAAGACAUCCCAUCCCAGCGCCCAUACAUACCUCCCCCUAAACUUCACGUUCGAAAUAUUGACGACAGCUUUGUGUCCACUCAACACAUCACUGAUAUCGACGAAGAUAUCACAACCCAUCGACGACUAACGCAUCCAAACCCCAGAAUUACAACAAAAACAAUAGAAGACUAUUAUAUGACUCCCAAAGAGACCACAGAUAUGACUGAAGACAUCACAACUAAACGAAUCACAACUUAUCCCAAACCAAAAAUUACUUCCAAAACAACGGAUGACUAUUAUGUGAGCCCUCAAGAGACCACUGAUAUAACUGAAGACACAAUAACUGAGCGGACAAUCACUUAUCCCAAACCCAAGAUAACCACUCAAUCUCUUGAAGACUACUAUAAGACCAAUAGAGACACGACUGAAGUAUUCGAGGAUUUGUCGACAACACGGCUGAUAGCAGUGCCUCCACCUCCAAGUGGACCCGUAGUCACAGACCGCACACAAGACGACACAUUCAUAAACAUUAGGGAAACCACAGAAAUAACUGACGACACAUCCACCCGAAAGCUAACCAAAUACCCGAUCCCUAAAUAUACAGUUCAUACGAUUGACGACACAUUUAUUACAAAUAUCUCUGAAACAGAUAUCACUGAACACAUCACUGCGAGCGAUAAAAAGGAGGCGCCUCCACCUCAGCCUCACCAGUAUCCUAAACGCGUGGGAACAGGUGUUGACUGGGAGGUGCAGAUCAGUCGAUACCUGGUGGGGCCGACAACCGAGUUGCCCGAAACAAAAGCCACGACAUCCACUAUAGACCAAUACGACGCCUACACUUCAGACACUACAACCUUCACUAGUAGUCAUGAAACCAAGAUUAAUAUGAUUUAUAAAAUACUGGACGCACCGCCUCCUCACCUUCCGGGAGUGGACCGCCUCACUCCAGAUGUCAAACAAAAGUUUCGUACACUUCUCACCACUGAUCACGUGUUCAGAUCUUUGAUUAUUGAAUCCAACACUACUGAAGAGUACACUUAUAUCAGUCGUCAUAUUAGUUAUGAACCUCUUUUUGAUCCUCCCGUUUGGGUCACAAUCAUUACACUUCUCUCAUUGCCUGAACUCAGCUCUAGACAACAGCCUACAUCACCCCAACCCUCCCAACCACCACAACCCCCUCCAACCACUAGAUAUAAAAGGAAAGGUUCGUUGCCCUCAAUUAGUGGCGAACUUAUUCCUUAUGAGCCGUACGUAAGACCAGAUAUUAUCAGGUCUCGUCGUGCCUCCCGUUCCAGUUCUAUAUUCGACGUCCGGUCCCUUACCGAAGAGGACGUGACAUUCUCGCGGACCGACUCAAUCAGAUUUGCUGCUCAAACCAGCAGGUCAUACGUGGAGAUGAGGCCAAACACAUACCCCGAAGACGUGCCAACAACAAGCGGUCUCUCGACCCACCAAACCCUGCCAUCUCUGUCUCCCAUACCGAGAACGGCACACAUCUCAGAGUUUAUGGUUCCUUCGCAACGACCGUAUUCUCCAGACAUUGAUGCACUGAGUCUUGCUUUGCCUACCAGUGCUUAUGCCUCAUCUCAGUAUAUGUCGAGUUACGGGCGCUCCACAGCUUAUGGCCGGUUGGCACACAUCAGACGAACUCUGAAUCGCGCGACAAGUGUUGGCGACAAAGAAGAGACCAAAUCUGUCUCAGAAAAGGAUGUUUACGAUUGGAAACGAUCUUAAAAGUCAUUUAUUAAAACAUUAUUUCUAUUUAUAUUCUUGUUUUCAAUUGAUUUUACAUUAUAAACAUAUUUUUAAUUAAUAGGAAUUUUUACUCAAUAUUUUUAAAUUGUUAUUAAUUUACAGAUGUUUAUACAGUAUAUGCAUAU